UCCCUACUUUCACUUUAAGCUUCAAGCUCUGUCUAAAGCCGAGGCAACGACUCGAACUGAAAGUCCUGUGUUGCAACCUAUCGAACAUUACCAUGGGAUUUUUCCUCAAAGCUCUCGUUCUCCUGGUGCUCGCUGUCGUGUGCAUUCAGCUAAGUGGAGCUCAUCCAAUCCGUGACAGAUGCUGGUGCCUGAAUACUUUGAAGAGAAAUGUGCCAAGAGAAAAAAUCGAGGAGUUUUCGAUUUCUCCGCAAAGAACGCAGUGCGAAAAUACUGAGAUCAUAUUAACACUAAAACCAGAAAAUACAGUGACUGAAGUACAGCAGCGUUGUCUGAGUCCAGACACCAAACAAGCUACGAACCUGCAGAAUUGCUGGAACAGGGUGAAUGCAAACAGCACCAGGGAUGUGGUUAAGAUCUCCGAGUGUUUCCCAAAUCAGAAAUGAAAGGACAGAGAGGGAGAUCUGGAAUUCCAGAAAUCUUGCACAUGGAUAUCCAUCCCGUCACAUGGCCAGCUUGCACUGCACCAUACUGGGAUUAAAGGGUUUGGCCUUGUGCAGCUGAUGGGAAAUCACGGGAGAGCUGAAGACACCUGGAACAGGGUCAGCGACUGUCAGACGCAGAUGUUUUCGUAGGAUUCACUGUUUAAGCCAAGCACUACCGAAUGGGUCCCAAUGCAUUUAAAUGAACUUAUUAGUAUUUAAGUAUUAAUUAACUUAUUUUUUGUACACUGUGUGGAGAUGUACAUAUGUCAAUUUAACUGUUUGUGUGUCUGUUUAUUGUGUUAAAUAAAAAUAUUUCAUGAAGAUGUUAUAUAAAAGACAUUUCAAGUUAUCUAACAAAACUUGUAUUACUUUUUGUAUUGUUUUGUACUGUUUGUAAUAAAAUUCAUAAAAUGAUGUACAA